AUGGCUUACAAAUCUGGAUCAAUCCUUGCUUUCCUAUUCAUCCUUAAUGUCCUGCUCUCCUUAUCAGGUCAUGCACAUGCAGGACGUGACAUCCCAAUGAAUGACUCCAAGAACACAGACAAGAAACAACCCGAGUCAUUUUUUGAUGGCAGUGUGCUCAUUCCGGGCUUCGGCCGGGUCAUGGUCCCAACGGAAGGGUCACCUUUCAAUCCAUUCACAUACAAUCCCGUCACCGGCACCAAUGGGGGAGCCGCAUUCCAUCCGGUGGCGGGACCAGCAGCGGCAGUUAAGUUCCCGGUGGUGACGACACCUUUGUCACAAAUCCCGGGUUCGACGUCGCGGUCCCGGUCCCGGGGAGUGGUAGCAGUAUUCCUGCACCACCUGGUCCUUGAGGUAUUAGGAGUAGUCAGUUCAGUGUCCAACAAAUAA